AUGGGUGAUAUGCCUCCGGAGCGCGCAAGGGCGUGGCUGUGGCAUUCCAACCUACAUCCCCAUAAGGCAAAAUGUCCUCGAUGUUUCCACGAGGAUCUGGAUACAUCGCAAGUAUUCGAAUUUUUCGAAACAUUGGUUCGCGGUCGGGACCUCGCCUCCGAGAGGGAGCACAUGCCAGACCAGAGAGUUUAUUAUGAGACACUUGGGACGACGAUGGCUUUCUUGAGAGUGCGUGGAAAGAGGGAGGAGGUAGCGAGAGGUGUGAAUGUGGAGGAGAGUGCGAGAAUGCUGUGCCCCUUGCGUGCUCCAGUGUCUCGCCAUGUGGUUGGCGAUGAUGCGCGAGCAAGACACACUGUGUGUCCUUGCACGCACGCCCAUGAAGGACCAUCCAUCGACCUCGUGCAAGGAGAAAAUGCUUCGGGUUGGUAUUUCAGUCACACCAAAGAGACUUCGCACUAGGUUCAGAUGUAAUACAAUUCCCGCACUCCCCUCCCUCACUAAAGAGAAACCCCAUACCUCCCGACUCACGUUGAUGCC